UACAAGUCCGGGAUAAAUUAGCAAUGAGUUCACACCGUCAGCGGCUUCCCAAACAGCAUAUAGCGAUACCUCCCCUCCUGUGGGCAACAGGAUCAACAAGGCAGACUGAUGGCCAUCUUGUAUUCUGGGUGCUGCUUGCUGGGAUGCACAAACCGCAGCUUGCUAAGUUCCCGUUCGGAUCGAUUACUCCGCCUUGUUCAGCAGGUGCAGAGUUGCUUCCCUUCUUCCCCUCGCUGCCUCGGCAAGGCUUUGCGUAGGCAUGACCCAUAGCGAGGGGGGAGUCUUUCUAGCGAGCAGGGCUAGACUCACCCUCAAGGGACCGAUACCUUCUUGCUGCGGCACACCCGCCGCGAGGCGUGCGUAGUGGUGGAGUUGGGUCGGCACUGGUGCGUCAGGUGGUGACGAGCUGAUCGGGCUGGUUGACCCUUCGGCGCGAGAAUCUUCAGAUCGGGCGACGAGGGAGAAAGCGAGGAACCGACUGGGAAGGACAGCAACGAGAGCGUGUACGAAGCGGAGCGGGUCGAGUUUGGUCGUGCUAGGACUGGCCACAGCGGCUCCGGAGCAGCGGCACCGGAGCAGCGGAACCGGAGCAGGCGGACGGCAUCGAACCGUGGCGCACGGACAAACAUCUCUUGCAUUGUCAUUUAUUUUUCCGUUUUUGUCCUGAGUACAGGUGUUGGGUGUGUGUGAUGACGUCACUGGUUUUGUAAAGAGACGCGGCAGAGAUGGCGCGGGUAACGGUGCCUUAAUUGUGUACCUGCAUCGUGGAAGACCCCUGCAAUGUGGAACGAUUCCUAGUCAGUGUCGAUGUUUACACUGCUGUGCCUAACACAGAUGAUCUGGAUAGAUUCGGGUGAUUGUCAAUUGCAAUGAUGGCUUUGGUUGGGCGCUCUUCUUCAUUGUAUGUCCACGGGCUCAUUCUGACAGCACUUCAGACAGCAGCUCCAUGCCCCGAGCUAGUGUACCAUGCACCAUGCAUGGUGUAUUAUUGUACAGACAACACUUCAGACAGCAGUACGCUGUAGUCGACAUAGUCUACAUUCAUUUUGGUUAAAUGCGGGAGGGGACAGCAGUACGCUGUAGUCGACAUGCAUUCAUUUUGAUGCUGCUGCUGUAUGUCGUCGAUUUGUAGUGUGUGGGCGUGUAGUUCAGUUGUGAGCACGCAAACGUGCUGCAGGGAUUGAUUGCAGGUGUACCUCCUCGGGCUUGCGUACGCUUUCCUUGCUAUAAUAGUGUGUGUGUUCUUCAGAUCUUCUGAUGGCUCUAGCAUUUUUGUGACCACGGACCGAGUCGUUGCUUGCAUAGAUUUUGGGAUUAGCAACUG